CCGCCUGCUGCGCCGGCGAAGGACAAAGUGAGUGAGUGGGGGCGCUCCCUGGCCUCUGAGCAGAGUUGCGGGCGGAGCGGCUGGAGCCAUCUUAGGAGGUCGCCAUGUUCUCGUCCCUCGCGCCGCUCGCCCGGGCCAACCCUUUCCAUGCGCCCCACCUGCAGCUGGCCCAGGACGGCGUGAGACGGCGGCUGGAGCAGCCCGAGCCAACCAGCACCCCGAGGCGCCUGGCGGCCGCCUCCCCCGCCGAAGAAGAAUACAGUUGUGAAUAUGGCUCGCUCAAGUUUUAUGCUCUCUGUGGCUUUGGUGGGGUCCUAAGUUGUGGCCUGACACACACUGGAGUCGUACCUCUGGAUUUAGUGAAAUGCCGUAUCCAGGUGGAUCCACAAAAAUAUAAGAAUAUCUUCAAUGGAUUCUCAGUUACAAUUAAAGAAGAUGGUGUUCGUGGUUUGGCUAAGGGAUGGGCUCCAACCUUUUUUGGCUACUCCAUGCAAGGGCUUUGCAAAUUUGGUUUCUAUGAAGUCUUCAAAAUCCUGUAUGGUAACCUUCUAGGAGAGGAAAAUGCUUAUUUGUGGCGUACAUCGCUAUACUUGGCUGCAUCUGCUAGUGCAGAGUUUUUUGCUGAUAUUGCUCUAGCUCCAAUGGAAGCUGCUAAAGUUCGUAUUCAGACACAGCCUGGAUACGCUAACACUCUGAGACAAGCGGCUCCAAAAAUGUAUGCAGAAGAAGGUCUCUGGGCUUUCUACAAAGGUGUUGCCCCACUAUGGAUGAGGCAGAUUCCAUACACAAUGAUGAAAUUUGCCUGCUUUGAACGUACAGUUGAAGCUCUCUACAAGUAUGUGGUUCCCAAGCCCCGGAGUGAAUGUUCAAAGGCAGAACAGCUGGUGGUCACAUUUAUUGCUGGCUAUAUUGCUGGUGUCUUCUGUGCCAUUGUUUCUCAUCCUGCUGAUUCUGUAGUGUCGGUGUUGAAUAAGGAAAAGGGCAGUUCUGCCUCACAAGUGCUUGUGAGGCUUGGGUUCAGAGGUGUAUGGAAGGGUCUCUUUGCCCGUAUUAUCAUGAUUGGUACCCUGACUGCACUACAGUGGUUCAUCUAUGACUCUGUGAAGGUUUAUUUCAAACUUCCUCGCCCACCUCCACCUGAAAUGCCAGAGUCUCUGAAGAAGAAGCUUGGUUUGACUGAAUAGAUGAAUAACGGACUAACCGGCGACUAGUUUCUUGAAAUUUUAUAUUUGACCAUGUAGGACACUGAAGUUCUGUAUUUCAUGUAAUUAUUGGCUGUGCCCUUCUCUCAUGUGAGGGUUCAAAAAUGUCUUUCACUAUCAUUAUUUGAAAUAAACAAGAACUAGAGCAACUA